UCACGUGACGGAAGUUUACCGCAGAGACUACAUUUCCCGGCAUCCCCCGCUCCGCGCCUGCGCACUGCCCGCCCGGUCCCUGCUGCUGCUGAGAGUGUAUUGUCACAGUGGUGUAUGUAUUGCCAUGACAACAAACGCACGGACGUGCGAUGACGUCAUGGGCGGGCGCCCGACCCCGGAAGCUGCAUCCGGCGCCGGUGAGCGGGACCCACACGUGUAUGGUGGCGGGUAUAUAGUCCGUGUCCUGUGUGCGGGGAAGCCGUACGGUCCCACUAUGUCCUCUUUGACGGCUGCCAGUUGCGAGUCGGCGCCUGUGAGCUCACAGAACCAUGAGAAGAAGCCGUUACGGCCGUGCUGCGCGUGUCCAGAGACGAAGAAAGCUCGGGAUGCCUGCAUCAUUCAGAAGGGCGAGGAGCGCUGCCGGGAGAUGAUCGAGGCUCAUAAGAAAUGUAUGAGAUCCCUGGGGUUCAAGGUGUGACUGCGCCUGCAAGACGACGUGUGUGGGAUGUGACUUGUGCGCUGCUUUGGCGAAAUAACGUAUUUCUCUAAUGGAACAAGAUCUAUAGAUGGAGAAGAGGAAAUGAGAAGAGGAUCAGAUUCUGCUUCCCCGAUUGUCCGAUACAAAGUGUACUUUUUGAAUUUUAUUGAAGAAUAAAAAUCUACUAUAAGAGAUAA